ACAAGAAGAAGAAGAGGAAGAAGAAGAAGAAGAAGAAGAAGAAGAAGAAGACGAAGCUUGACAUGUGGAAUUAAAGAGGGGGAACCGAGACUCUACCGGAGAGAUAACAAUGCCAAAGAAAAGCAAAGCAAAGAAUGUGACAUGGAGCAAAGAUGAUGAUGAUGAUGAGCAGCUCCCUCCUAAACAAAGGAAGGUUGAGCAGAGCGACAUUCCAUCCUCUCUGUGCUUCCACAGCCCUGCCAGCCUGUUCCAGAGCCUCAUCCAGCCAAUGGGGACAGAGAAGUUCUUCAGGGAGUACUGGGAAAAGAAACCCCUCCAUCUGCAGAGGUCUGAUCUCAGCACAGCCUCCUACUACCAGUCUUUGUUCCAGAUGUCAGAUCUGCAGAGCCUGUGCUCUCAGGGUCUGCAAUACUACAGGGACAUUAACGUUGUUCGCUGCAUCAACAGCAAGAAAAAAGUACUCAACAAGGAUGGACAAGUUAAGUUCAACGUUCUCAGUAAGAGCUUGGUUCAGAAUAAGGCCACCAUCCAGUUCCACCAACCGCAGAGGUUUAAGGAUGAGUUGUGGAGGAUCCAAGAGAAGCUGGAGUGUUUCUUUGGAGCCUUGGUGGGCUCAAAUGUCUAUAUCACCCCACAGGAGUCCCAAGGCCUUCCAGCUCACUAUGAUGAUGUUGAGGUAUUUAUUCUGCAGCUGGAGGGACAGAAACAUUGGCGUCUCUACAGUCCUACUGUUCCACUGGCAGCAGAAUACAGCGUGGAGUCAGAGGAGAAGAUUGGUAGCCCAACGCAUGAUAUUGUACUGAAGGCAGGAGAUCUUCUGUACUUCCCCAGAGGAACCAUCCAUCAAGCCAACACUCCAGCAGGAGUGGACCAUUCCAUCCACCUGACUCUCAGCACCUAUCAGAGAAUGUCAUGGGGAGAUUUGCUGUUGGAUGUAUUUCCAAGCUUGCUCUGUGACAGCAGCAGGACUGAUGUCAGCCUGAGAGAGGGCAUGCACAGAAGACUCUUACUGAGCAGCAGUGAAGGCCAGGACACCAACAGUCGACUGGCAGCUUACCUCAGAUCUCUAGCUGAUGGAAUAGAUGCAGGGAUGCAGAAAGUCCACUCAACUCACAUGAAGAGAGACUUCAUCACUAAUAGACUGCCACCGUACAGCCAGCAGCAGCUGCUUAUACCAUCUGGGAGUAUUCCUGCCUUGGAGGAUACAGUGUGUUUGAGAUUUAAAGACCACAUGGUAAUAACCGUGGAGCCUAGCCAAGAGAGAACAGAUGAGGCCACAGUGCUGGUAGUCAUCGUCUUACAUUCUUUGAAGAACCAGAGGGAGAGCCACAUGAUGGGUGAAAGUGGUGAUGAAGAGGAGGAACGGGACAUCUCUAGGGGUCUGCAGUUCUCUCUGUCUCAUCUCCAGGCCCUGCAGCAGCUCCAGCAGGCAGAGCAGCUGGCUGUGGCCCAGCUCCAACUGCCCACACAGGAGGCCAAACUCAGUCUGGUCCUGGCCCUCUGGAGUGAGGGCCUGCUGCAUGUCCUAGAGCACACCACCAUGUAAAAAUAUUACUGAAGUAUUAAAUUCAGUUUAUAUUGUAUAUCAAAUGCACAUUUGAAUGACAGACUAUGCAGAAUGUUCAAGACUCUUCUUGCAAGUGUCAGAAGUUAUAUACUCUAGCUUUUUAAUGCUAUUGUGUAACCUAUGGAUUUAGCCUCCCAAACAGGUGUGUGUUUGAACCUCACACUUUUGAUUCUUGUGAUUUCUUGUGUGCAUAGGGUGAAGCCUCUCUAAAAUAGAUGUACUUCACUUUUAAAGCUGUAAUGACUGAGAUGGAGAACAGUUUUUCCUGACUCCUCUUCACUGAAAUUAAAUGAUAUAUACUUCUCCACAACUUCUCCAUUUAGAUUGAUAUAUUCAGUAGACCAGCUUAACACAUGCAUACGAAAGGGGGUGUAAGUUGACAUACUCCCUGUUAGAGUGUACUCAGGUUUCCUGGUUAAUGAACUUGCAUUUUCAUUUUCUGUCUCCCAACCAGCUGAUCCCUUACUUUGUCUGCUAGACCAUGCUUAAUUCAAUGCUAAUUGCCUCCUGACUGUAAGAAUAGGUAUUGCACAGUUAUCCAAGUGAAUUAAAGCAGGAAUAGCUGAACAUUUUGAUGUUUGUAUGAUGUACUGUGUUGAAUAAAGUUGUGCGGUAUGUGUAA